CAUCUCUUUGCUUUUGGUUGGACCUUUUCGGCUUUUCCUCUUUCUCUAUUCUCUAUCCAUCUCUUUCUUUGUCUCUUUGUCUCUGGGUCCAAGAAUAAUUUGGGCUUAGCUGAAUGGGAACUUAGAGUUAUCUUCAUCCAGGAAAAUAAGGGAUAAAAAUCAGAGCUUUGGCUUAAAAAUUUCCAUGGAAAUUUCUUGACCCAUUUUUCUAGGCCAUAUCUUCUUUCAAUGGAGGUUCCGGGGGAGGAUGAGGUUAAAAAGGCAGAGGAUCGUAUGACAUCAGCCGCGGCUUUUGUUGAAGGAGGUAUACAGGAGGCAUGUGAUGAUUCAUGCAGCAUAUGCCUUGAAGCCUUCUGCGAAAGUGAUCCAUCCACGGUAACUAUUUGCAAGCAUGAGUUUCACCUUCAAUGUAUUCUUGAAUGGUGUCAAAGAAGUUCGAAUUGUCCAAUGUGCUGGCAAACUAUAAGUUUGAAAGAUCCUGCCAGUCAACAAUUGCUUGAUGCUGUAGAAAGAGAGAAACGUAUUAGGUUCACUCCAGCAAGAAAUGCCACAAUAUUUCAUCAUCCCACUCUGGGGGAUUUUGAACUGCAACACUUACCUGUUGGAGUUAAUGAUUCUGAACUGGAAGAACGCAUUAUUCAGCACUUGGCUGCUGCUGCUGCAAUGGGAAGGGCACGUCAUAUUGCUCGUAGAGAGGGCUCAAGGGGUCACUCAUCUGCUCAUGGUCGUCCACAUUUUCUGGUGUUUUCCACACAUGCUAGUGCCCCAGGUCCAGGCGCUGGUCCUGCUUCAGCUUCUGUAGGAGCGGAACCUGAGGUAGAUGCAACAGCCCCUGUUAAUGAUCCUUCUGUCACUCACCGAGCAAUCAGCAGUGAAUCAUUGCAAUGCACCCCAAAUCUUACUAGUGUUCCUAGUGGUCAACUCUCUGCUUCAUCAUCUGGAUCAGUUGCCAUGCCUAACAACCCUCGAGAUCUCUCCACUGACAAUAGAAGCUUGGCUCGUCAGGCACCAUCAGGUCAAGAUAGAGCAGGAACAUCAGAUUUCCAGUCUUUUUCAGAUUCCUGGAGAUCUCGUUUUAAUGCAAUGUCAAUGAAAUACAAAGAAUCUCUUUCAAAGAGCACAAGAGGAUGGAAAGAAAGGCUUUUUGCACGAAGUAAUUCCAUGGCAGAUAUUCGCUCAGAAGUUAGGAGAGAAGUGAAUGCUGGAAUUGCUAGUGUUUCCCGCAUGAUGGAACACCUAGAAACAAGAGAAAACAGUAGACCUGGUCCUGUUUCAACAUCAAAUAAUCCUCCAGUGACUGAGCAAAAUAUCCCUGGGAAUUUGGAUGAAUCACCAUUGAGUGACAUUUCGGCUCUUCCUGCAAAUUGUGUCUCGCGUUAAGUGGUGUACAUUGUUUAAGCUGUUGCAUCUUUCCUCAGCAUUUCAUCUUUGGAGGUUAUUAAAACUCGUCCUCCAAGUAUGAAAUGCUGAUAGAGGAUGCUUAUAUGGGCAGGGCAGAAUGUUGGAGAGAACCAUUACUGAUAGAUGAUGCCAAUUACGGAAAGAGAUAGCCUGAGGCGGAGCAGCGAUUUCUGCGUUAAAACGCUGUAAAUUUGUUUAUGCAAACUUUUGGGUUUGUUAUCUAUUGCACUCCAAUGCUUAUAGCUGUUGGACUGAAGUGGCAGUCUUCUAUACCUUUCUGCUUGAGAACUAAUUUUUCUCUAAUUCUAAGGCUGAAGGCUAAUGAGCCCAGCAUAUUAUAUUUGCAGGUAAA